CGGUGCUAUGUGAUCCCUUUCCCAUCCCCCAUACCGUCCCCUUCAACUCUUCACACUCGUGCAAUUCACCGGCACCGGAUCUGCUGUCAACGGCAACAGUCAGGCAGCCAAUCAGGGAGCACCCCCAGCUCCACUCUCGCACUGCCAAGGGUUUAAUUAAGCGCUAGCUUCUUCAAAACAUGCCUCAGGUGCCAGCCACAGAAAGCAGUGAGCUAGAGAACACAUCAAGGAAGCGCGCCCUAGAAAAUACAGAGGACUUUCCUUCAAAAAAGAAAUCUUGGGGCAUCCUAACUAGUCAAGUGGGGUUUGACAGGGUGGACACACUCGAUGUUCCUUGCCGUGUUUUAGCGGGCAGCUGUUACCUGCGAGCGGGACUGAGGUGUGUGCUCUGUGUCACAGGGUCAUGGGCGGACCGCUCCCCCCUCCACGAGGCCGCGGCCCGAGGUCGUCUCCUCACGCUGAGACACCUGAUCUCUCAGGGGUACAAUGUGGACGUGCGCACCAUUGACCAUGUGACUCCACUCCAUGAGGCCUGUCUUGCAGACCAUGUGGCCUGUGCCAGGACUCUCAUCGAUGCCGGUGCAAAUGUUAAUGCCACCACCAUCGACGGGGUGACCCCUCUGUUCAACUCCUGCAUGGCGGGCAGUGCCACGUGCACAGAGAUACUCCUGGAAAACGGCGCCAGUCCUCAGACCGCCAUAUGUCAGCCGUCACCCAUCCACGAAGCCACCAGCAAAGGUAAAAGUGCUUGUGUGGAGGCCCUUGUCACAUGGGGGGCUGAUGUGGACUAUGACAUUCCCCACCUGGGAACACCUCUCUUCAUCGCUUGUGUGUCCAAACAGCUUCACUGCACCAGGAAGCUAUUGGAUAAAGGAGCGAACGUGCAGAAGGGGAGAUUUCUGGAAACGCCGCUGCACGCGGCGGCGGAGAAGGACUGCGCGGACAUUGUGAGAGUGCUGCUGGAGUACGGGGCGGACGUCAACGUGCGGAACCAGGAGCUGAAGCGGCCGGUGGAGUCGGCUCCGCCCAGCAGCCUGGCGGAGGGCUUCCUCCUGCUUUACGAAGCCAUGCCCCGCCCCCUUUGUCAGCUGUGCCGACUCAGCAUCAGAGACUGCAUUGGCCAAUCCAGACUCCACCUCAUUCCACAGCUUCAGCUGCCCAACCGCUUGAAGAACUUCCUACAGUACAGAUAGAACAGUCAGGCACGGAACAGACUGUCUCUGUGCACUGAACGGCAUUUCCUGCACUAAAUAUAUUCAAUCCGCCAUGUUUCUGUUUAUGUCUUUUUUUUUUUACAGUCUGCUGUAACACUCAUCACAAAAUAUCAGUCUACAGCAUGUGGAUGCAUCAAAGUACCCACUGUGUAGUCACAGGUCAUAUGUGCAGUUGUUUUAUACAUUGUGACUGUGUUCCCUGUUUGUAUGUGCUUAUUCCUUGACCUAAGAAUAAACAUUUUAAUUUAAUUUCUUUUAGACCGACUUAGCCGUUGGUAUUACAAUUUUCAAUGUCCUCUGACAAUUUUGAUAUCUGAAUUACAAUUCCUUUUCCAGUAAAUGGUCACCUGUCCUCAAAAUGUUUCUUUGUAUUGUGAGCUAGCAGUUAGUCGUUGCUCUAGGACAUUAUAGAAUUUUAGAUAGUAGCAUAUAUUUGUGAAUUGUACUACUACUGUCUGUGCUAUAAAUUAAGUGUGUAUUUUACUGUCAUUUGAAAUUUUCACUAUGUACUGUCAUUGUACCCAUAUUAUCCAAGUUCUCCUAAAUAAUGUGAAUUGUCAGAUAAAUAAAAUAGCGCUUUAAUGCAACAGA